AUGAAGGCAUCGUCCAUCCUCGCCAUCCUCGGCGCCGUCGUGCCUGCCCUCGCGGCGCCCAAGGGCAUCGACCGCCGUACCGACACGGACCUCAUGUCCGGCAAGUACAUCAUCCAGCUCAAGCCCGGCACUACUCCCGAGGCCGUCACGGCGCAUCACAAGGCGGUGCGCAGCCUCCUCCGCCGCCGUGAUGGGUCCGCGGGCACGGUGGAGAAGACGUUCCAGAUUGGCGACUUCAACGCCUACAGCGGCAGCUUCGACGACGCGACCCUCGAGGAGAUUGCCGCUCUCGACGAGGUUCUCUCCGUCGAGAUCGACCAGCCCAUCUUUGUCGACCCCACUGAGCAGGAGUCGACGCUCUCCAAGCGCGAUCUGACCACCCAGGCGAGCAGCAUCUGGAGCUUGGGUGACUUGUCUCACAAGGCGGCUGGCUCUACUGAGUACGUCUAUGAUAGCACCGCCGGCGAGGGCACAACUGCCUACGUCUUUGACACGGGUAUCCGGACGUCGCACUCUGAGUUUGAGGGCCGCGCCAGCUUCGGUAUCAAUGGUGUCACCGGGUCGACCGUCUCUCCCGGUUCAAACUCUGACACCGACGGUCACGGCACUCACGUUGCCGCGACCAUCGUCGGCAAGACCUAUGGCGUUGCCAAGAAGGCCAAGGUCAUUGAUAUCAAGGUGUUCGACGGCUCUACGGUAAUUACAGCAUCUCCCUGUCCAGAUUUCUUCGUGCUAAUGAUUCCUCAGGGCUCCACCUCAGCCAUCCUCACCGGUCUCAACUGGGCUGUCAACGACAUCACGACCAAGGGCGCGCAAGGCAAGUCCGUCCUCAACAUGUCUCUCAGCGCCAAGAACGUCUCGGCCCUCGACAACGCCGUUCUCGCCGCCUACAACCAGGGCAUUCUCACCGUCGUUGCGGCCGGCAACGACAACCAGCCCGCCACCGACACUUCCCCCGCCAGACUUCCUGAGUCCUUCACCGUUGGCAUGACGCGCCCUGACCGUGGCCGUGUCAACAUUAUUGAGGGCAUCUACGGCAGCUCCUACGGCCCCGAGCUGGACGUUUUCGCGCCCGGCCAGGACAUUAUUUCUGCUAGCUAUAGCUCUGACACGGGCACGGCGACGAAGACUGGUACCAGUAUGGCGGCGCCGCUUGUCGCCGGUCUCGUGUGUUACCUCAGAGCCUUGGAGGGCGGUCUUGUAACGCCCAAGGAGGUCACUGACAGGAUCCUGGAGCUUGCUAUCCCUGACGUUGUUGGCGACCCGAAGGGAUCGCCCAAUCUGUUGGUCAACAACGGCAGUGGGCAGUAA